UUGUGGCUCGAGAUCUCCACAGUUUGACCAACUACCGAUCCAGCUCACCCAGCUGACUCUGAAGCCCUCGCAGCGCCUGAUUUGAUUGAGAAUCAGGAGACUCGAUGCUUCCAUCCUCUUGUUGAAGACUACCUCAGCUUGUGCCUUGACCGAAACAAGCUGCAGCUGGCCCACACAUAGCCCACGGACCAACCAUGGUCAACACACGCUCCAGGGGGAAGCUGCAUCAAGCAAAGCUUGAAGAUGUCGUCCAGGACAAGGCUGCCAGUAAAAAGCGCGCGAGGAGACAAGAGGCGACGCCCGCAAAGAGAGUGAAACAAGAGGCUGAAAACGACAAAAAUCCCAAGACCAGCGCUGCAAGGUCAAAACAUGUCGAUGUGAAGCAGCUCAAAAAGCACGACGAAACAGACGUUCGUCCCGAGCCCGUCAAAAUCAAUCGUGCGCCAGUCUUGCAUCUCUUUGCUGCUUGUGUUGCUCAGAGACAGCACCCUGAUCUUUCGUGGGAGACAUGCCUGUCCCUUGGCUCAGCUGUAUCCUGUGUCUGCGCGCUUGCAAAGGGACGCGCUAUUGGGAAGAUUGCACCACGCGACAAGGACAAGCCCAGAGCAUCGCAUGAUGAAAAUGAGAUGAUCUCUGUCAUGCAGUUCGAUUUUGCUAUGAAGGACGGCAAGGCUCUUGUUGGGAAAUCUGCCAAACCACCUGGAGAAGGCUACCUCAAGGGUAAAUUCAAGGAUCGCUAUGCUGAAACCAAGGAUCUCAUGCAGGAGUCGCUCGAGUCUUGGUCAGGCGAUGAGGAGACUCUUGCAAUGAAGGCCUUUCACAUGUACGAGCGCUUCAGGCCAGAUACCGGAUGGGGUCAGAGUGGACAGAUGAAUCUUGAACUUGUCAAGGAAACCAUCAGCAAGCAAUGAGUGAUCGAAAUUUAUAAGUAGGCUGUCUGCUCUAUCUAAUAAAUCUUUUGGUGUCUGAACUUCAUCACUUGUUCGUUCGCUCGUAUCAACAGAAGCAGGCGACAUUCACUGAGUUCUUGCAGCAGAAUCAGCCGCAGUCUGUCACCCUAGGAGUUGUGCUCGAGCAACGGCUCCUUCCAUUGGAGCCAUCUUCACAUGACCAGACUUGGUCUAUGGCUGUC